AUGGCGACGUCGGGAACAUACGUGACUGAGGUUCCUUUAAAAGGACGGCGGAGAAACAUUACAAGAGGUGGAAGAGCGAAAAUUUUCUUUUCCCUGAUGCCGUCGGCCACCACAUUCAAAAUGUCACCGUUCACGAUGGCGAAUGGGACUCCCACAGGGGUAUCAAGAUUUGGAACUACACAUUGGGAGAUAUUCAAGGAGAAGAGAGAGAUAGACGAUGAGAAUAAAACAAUGACGGUUAGAGGACUUGAAGGUCACGUGAUGGAGCUUUUCAAGGUUUAUGACCUCAUCGGCCAAUUUAUUCCCAAAACUGAAGAUAGUUGCAUCUGCAAAAUCACUAUGGUUUGGGAGAAGCGCAACGAUGAUGUCCCCGAACCAAGCAGCUACAUGAAACUCCUCGAGAGCAUGGUUGUAGACAUGGAGGACCACGUCCUCAGAGCUUAA